AUGUCUCGAGGAGUUCGAAUUAUCACGGUCAUUGUUAUCGUCAUCAUUCUUAUAGUUGCGUUUAACAACGAAAAGACCGGCGGCACAUCGUUCCCGUACCUACCUGUGCUACCAUCACGAACGUCACCGCCGACCUCGGCAUUUUUACAAUCAUGGCUCGGCGAGCGAAUGGCUCUGUCAGAAAAGGCAUGGCUAAAGAGCGUUGAGGGACGAGAUCAAAUGGCCGCUCAGCACCCCGAUUACCCCAAGAUACCUUUCUAUCCGACGGACUUUCUAAAGUACCCCUACACAAUUUGGGACUUCUUUCCCGCGACGUGGACGUGUCCGCAUGAUGUUCAGCGCGUUGGCAGACUAGGCGACGGAGGGAAAUGGGUAUGUGGCAUGAGUGUAUACGAGUCGCUCUCCGCACCAAAGGCUACACAGGAAAACGUUGAAAAACGCGAAACCGCAUUCAGCGCCCCCGACGACGGCCUAGUCAUCUACAGCUUCGGCAUCAACGCCGAAUCCUCCUUCGAAGCUGAAAUGCUCGAGCGCCUACCUAACGCGCGGAUAUGGGGCUACGACUUCUCCGUGUCAGGAUGGGGCCCGCAGAUCGCUGCGAAGUACCGCGACCGCACCUUCUUCAAGAAGAUCGGCUUAGGCAAGGCGGAUAAACAUGAUAGCUCGCCUCCGUUCUGGACACUUCCUAGCUUGAUGAAAUUGAACAAGCACAACUACAUCGACAUUCUCAAGAUCGACAUCGAAGGCAGCGAAUAUGAUGCCUUGGACACCAUGAUGGACGCUUUCGAUAACAUGCGCAGCGCAAGCGGCUCCUCUGUCCUACCCAUUGGCCAGGUUAUGAUCGAACUACAUCUCGGAGAUGGAAUCAAUCUAAACGGUAGGGAUGGGGGUGGUAAUGUGGACUAUGGGCGGUUCAGCAAGUGGUGGGCCCGGCUGGAGAAGAUGGGUAUGCGACCCGUAUGGAUGGAGAUCAAUCUUUUUGCUAUUACUUUGGGGAAUACCAAGAGUGAUCCAAGGUGUACGGAGUAUGUGUGGGUCAACGCAAAGGAUAAGAAGAACGUGCUUUGGAAGGUGUAG